CACUGCAAACUUUGUUUACGCAGCUUAGAGUCUGUUUCCUUUCCGGCUAAUUUUAGAGUCCCCUGUUGGAGUCAAAGGUUACUCCUUGACCACAGAUCCCUGAGAAAGGAAGUCACUGCACUAAAACCCCAAGACAUCCAAUAGAUGAUGUUUGUUUGACUGAAUUUAACAAACAACACUGAGACAAAAGCUGAGAGAUCAGCAAGUAUCCAAAUUUACCAUUCAAAAUGUUGCUGCUUUUCAUUGGAAAAUUUUAAAUCUUUCAAAAAAAAAAAAACAUUCUAUAUUCCAGAAACAAUAACAAACGGCAAAAAAUAAAAAUGAAAAGUUUAAAAACAACCACAACCUUAGAAAGAAAUGCUGAAAGAAGUUGUCAUUUGCUUAUUGUUCACAGUUGUUGAUAGGCUGGCACAAAGCCACUCCUCACCCUGUGAGUCAGAGGGAAGUUCCUGACACAGGCAGAAGGGAAUUCAGUUUUCAGGCCACAGCAGGAAAAGCGACCAUAACAAUCACACACAGAUAAGCACGCACAAACGAAGAGCUGAACUGGAGAACAAACAACGACCGAUUCGACGUUUUGAGCUGCAGAGAUGUAGAAGAGCAAAAUUCACAGUGGAGAACUGCUGAAGGGAACCACCAUCAAGAGAAGUGAAGAACAGGAGGUUUGAGAAGCGUGGGAAGUCAGUCUGAAAGCGUUAUGGCUAACCUUGUGAGGGGAUUUCUGUUAUGUUUAGUGGUGGCACAGACCAGUCGGGUCGAUGGAAAAGGAAGAAUGACCCCUCCACCAAGAAGUAUGAGGGGAUUCUUUGAUAAAUCGAACUACACAAACCAGCAGCUUGACCGUUUCCGCUCCAGCAUGGACCCUCACCUGGAUGUGAAGCCUGAGGGAUCAGCAGCAAUAUACACCACAGGGGCCAUCAGCACUUGGAUCAUACCUUCAUCAUACAUCCUUACGAUUCUCGUGGGAAUCCCAUCUAACACCUACAUUUUGGCGUUCCUCAGAGUCAGACUCACUUCAAAGACUUUAUCCACAGUGGUUCUGUACCUGAACCUGGCCCUGUCGGACCUGCUGCUCAUCCUGUCUCUUGCUCUGAGAGUUCACUACCACCUAAGCGGAAACAACUGGAUAUUUGGUGAAAUCUCCUGUCGGCUUAUUACAGCUUUAUUUUUUGGAAACGUUUACUGCUCGGCUCAGACUAUAGCGUGCAUCAGCCUGAAGCGCUAUCUGGCUGUGGUCAAGCCAUUUCUGUACAGACGGAUGGCUAAAACCAGCCUGGCGGUGUGGAUGUGUGUGGUUGUGUGGCUUCUGUAUGGAGCAGCUAUUGUGCCUGAGCUGCUGGUCAAGCAGAGCUACCACAUCAGAAGGCUGGAGAUCACGACGUGCCAUGAUGUACUUCCUCUAGAAGAACCCUCCCAUUCGCCGCUGGUGCCGUACAAACUGAUCCUAGUUUUUCUAGGCUUCUUACUACCGUUCAUGGUUUGUAUUUACACCCACGUCGCAGUGAUUUACCACCUGGAGCAAAGUUCCUGCGACUGGAAACUGUUCACCAGAGUGAGCACUCUGGUUUUUAUCAUCUUCCUGGUGUGUUUUCUCCCCAGUGGCGUUCUGCAUGCUGCUCACUACAUCCGCCUGUUUUCCAGUGGGGAUGACACACUGUAUGGAUACUAUAGAUUAGCCAUUUGUCUCUGCUGUUUCCACAGUUGCCUGGAUCCCUUCCUGUGCAUGCUUCUUUCCUUGACAGGAGACUCAGAGAUACAAUUUAUCUCUUGUAGUAGGAUACUGCAGAGGCCAGCAGUUAUAGCAUAAUACUGGAUAUUUCUAUCUCCAACAGGAUGUAAAGAAAAGACUGUUUCCUCAAGUACUGUAGAGAAGAGAGAUGAGGAAAACCACUCUACAGUUCAAACAUAUCAAUCAUUGUGACAAAACAAUCUGUAAAGUUUCAUUUUGCCAGUAAUACAGCCAUAUUAAAUGAAUUUCAAUACCACAGAAAAGCAUAUUAAAUAAGUAACUCAAUGCCAUGCAACACUAUAUAGAUUAAAUGCAGACAGACGGAUGUUUUCCAGCUUUUUGUUGAUAAUGAAUUUCUGAUAACAGCUAAUAAAAACACAUGUUUCACACAGUAAGUUAUGGAUGAAGUUUUAAAAACCUGCUGAUUUUAGCUACACCAAGCUAAAUCUUUCAAAUGCACUUCAAGAUCUCAAAAGCCCUUUUCUAAAUAACUAAAAUAUUUUGAUGAAGAUUGUCAUCAUAUUACCUGGCAGAGAAGAUGUUUAGAAUAAUGAAGAACAUCAUGGUAGUGCUUCGAUGUGGCUGGGUUUACUCCCGUCAGCUUGGCUGUAGGGAGAAGCAGAGCUGCAAGAGUCUGCUGAUGAUCUCCUGAGUUGAGGGCCUCAUUAAUCUCUGCAAUAGCUAUUAUACCUGAAAGUUUGACAGAAAAAACAAAGUCUAAUCUCUUAAAUAUCACUGGAUGUUUAAAAACAAUGUUAACACAUAGUUACACAGGUUAAUUAUUAAAAUUAAAAAACAUGCUCUGUUUUGUGUCUAGAAACAAAAAUGAGUAUUUCUUACGUUCAUGCUCCUCUUGGACUUGAAUGUUAACCAUGUCGAUGCAUUUCUGAACGUCAUUCCAAGUGAGAAACUCUUGACUCUUGGAAAGGGUCUCAACUCGCUCUUCAAUUAGCAUGUCAGCAUACCUAUAAAGAAGAGUUAUGUAGAAUUUAAAAUGGAUUCCAUUGAAGAAUCAUGAAUUGCUUUUGCAUCCUUAUGACGGUUCCAAAACAUUUUUUUAUAAAAUAAUUCCCUCCUCUUCUAAAAUUCACUAAUUUCCACUACAACCAGGGGUUGGCAAACAACUACUGAACUUCUAAGACCCACAAAGAAACCUUCCUGACAAAAUAAAUUUUACAAUAAUUUACUCCCAUCCAUCAUACCUGUUGAGGUUGUCAUGCUCUAUAUUUGUGAAGCCCAGCGGAGAAUCUGUUAGCUGUUCAAUAACAGCCUGCGGGUCUUUCGUGUCCAGCACCUCGUUUAGAACCGCGACAGCCGACAGCAUCUCCACAGCUACGCUGAGCUCCUCAUGACUCAGUCCAGACUGUGAGACACAACAUGAUGAAUCACACACAGAUUAUCCCUGAAAAACACUCUGCCUUUUAUUGAAAAUGAAAGAAAAGCUACUAAACGCAACGUUGUUUUAGCACUUAUAUGCGCACAGAGCUGCAGUGUUAAACUCAAUCUCACCCGUCCUCCUUGUAGCUGCAAACUGAACAGUUCAGCCUGAUACAGGUUAGCAGCACUCUGGUAGAUGAUUGGAAGCUGCGCCUCCGGGUUCAGCAGCUCCUCCACCGUCUCCGCAGCACUGCCCAGACGAAUGGCUGUGUUGAUGCGUGCAACUGCCUCAAGUUCUGUUCAGUAAAUUGUUGCAAAAAGAUACAUUUUUAAUAAAAGGACUUGGACCUAUUCUUAUAGUGUGACCAUUAAAUAUUGCAUAGAAACACCGGAUGGAAAAUAAGUAUUGAUGGGAAUUCUACUAAACCUUGUUAGCAAUCUGUUUCUGUAUUUAGCAAGUAUUGGGAAAAUCUUUACGUUUUAUCACCAGGAAAUAAAAUGGGUGAGUUGUAAACUGGA